GGAGAGAUCGGCCGUGGGGCUGCAAUCAAUCAGAGCAGCUGAAUCUCUCAACGAGGAAGCUGAUAGCUGCAGUGUGGCACUGGUGAGCUGCAGUCCAGCCAUACGUCACCUGCGCGUGCCCCGCCUUUGCGUUGUCUCGCCUCGUUUCGCCUACUUCUGCGCCACUUCUUUUUCUUUUUCUUCUCUCUCUCAUCAGUAUCUCGAUCUUUUUAUAACUAUCUCUUUCCCUUUCCUAUCUCGACACUCAGAUCUAUCUUCACUCGACCAGACACCCCAUUAUCUCAUGCUCUUUCCACUCGCUUAGCUCCGACUCAACCACACCAACCUCGUCAUGGCGUACUAUGGCGAACCCCCCUACUACCAGCCUCCCCGGGAUCGCCACGCCCGUCCUGACUAUCCGGAAGACCCUUAUCAUUACAGCAGCAAACCGCACAGCGGAAGUCACCAUGGUCUAGACGUGGUCCCUCGAGCUGACAGCCUCGAGUCCUACGACACAAGAUCCCGUGACUACCCCUCAGGUGACUAUGGAUACGAGUAUGGCUACGGCCAUCCUCCUCAUUCUCGACGAUCCAGGGUCGCCACCGCCCCGGAGAGCGCCCGUCGCGCCCAUUCCCUAGAGGGCCGCGGUUACUAUGAGGGCUCGGAUUAUUCGCAUCGUCCGCGCCACAAACACCGAACAAAACACCACGGUAGUCGACGUGCGUAACACUAGUCCAGUUAAUGUUUAGCCAACUUUCAUGUUGACCCUCUCCAGAUCACAAGCAUUCCACUCGGUCCCCGUCCAGCAGUCGCUCCCCGCCCCCGCGACGCCUCAAGUCCGUCUCCGGACGCGAUAGCUCUCGCAGUCGCCGUUCCCACAAGUCCUACUCAUACUCGCC